CGUGUUUUUUCUCAUGAAAAUCGUUGUGGUCUCGUUCCCUACACCUCCAUAUGAUGUCUGAGGCAUUUGGCUUUAUGCAGGAGCGCACCCUGCACUGCAGAAAAACAACUCGCUACCUUCGGGCGAAAGCCCGCUUUUCUGAAUCCCUUCCUUCUCGUGUUCAUGUUCGGCUAUCCCAACGUGCAUGCUGACGUCCUACCAGUUGUGUCGAUUUGACCGUCUCAGGAGCACGUUAGGUGUCUUCGAAGGUGUAUGCAUCCGAAUUGGCAUUUGGCUUUACGCAGGAGCGCACCCUGCACUGCAGAAUUCUAUUCCAGCUACCUUCGGGCAUAGCCCGCUUUGUCUGACUCUCGUUCCCUGUCUCGCCCACGUUCACAAAAUUUGAGGCUAAUCCAUCUCCA